GAACCAUAUUUCACCCACGUCGCCGUGAUCCUUGAAAUUAUCGAGUUCUUCGGUGUACACCUUUUCCCAACUGCAAGCAGAAAAUUAAAGAGAUGAACGUUAGAGUUUCUUCUCGUUUCUCUUUUACACACGAAUUCGAUCGCAAAGACGGAGUAUAUCGCCUGGACAAUAACGGCAAUAACAACAGUGGGAACGGUGGUGGUAAAGACAGGAAGAAGAAGAAGAAGAAGAAGAGCAACGAUAAUAAAGAGAAGAAGGAGAAGAGAGGAGAGGGUUGUCGCCGUCGUCGUCUUUCUCGUCGUCUAGCAGAGCGUUCGAGAUAUCGAGCGUGAGCGCCGGCGUGGCGCUGCUCGCAACGGCGCCUAUAUAAAUGUACGAUGUCGGCGGGCGCGCUCAGUACGUGUCAUGCUUUGCCGGUGGGAGCGUUGUCUGUGAUGGCGGCCCGUGUGCGGUUGAAGAUGCAAUGCGGCACCGUAUCGUUGCCGUUCGUUGUUUUCAUCGUGGUGUGCGGUGUGGAUCUUGUGUGUGGAAUGUUCGAGCAUCGUCAUUGCAGUCAUCAACAUCCGCGUGCACACGAGGUGAUACACGGUGUCCACAUUGAGCCGGCACACGAAGUGAAAAAGCGUAGCAUAAGUCAGCCACUUCGAAUUCUCCUUUCUUACGAUGAGAGCGUUUUUAGAUUGGACGACGAGAAGUUGGAUCUUAUAAAUAACACAAUCCUGCCAGAAGCCGUGCACUUUUGGGAAAGAGCACUUAUGGUACGAGAAACGAAGAAUACCAUCAGACUGAACAGAAAAUGCGAGAGUAGUCAGGUCUUCGUACAAGAUCAUCACACUCACUGUAUAGAUACUUGCCGUUCAACGACCAUGUGCGGAGAGGUGGUCGUCCCAGAGGACCAUCUUGACGUGUGCAGAAUUUGCAACGCAGUGGGUCACAAUUGUCAGGUGGCGGAAGGAAGUAAAGCCGGUCCCGGAAUCGACGGCGCGGACUUCGUAUUUUAUGUGUCCGCUAUGCAGACCGAGAGAUGUCACAAGGGAUUGACGGUCGCUUAUGCUGCUCACUGUCAACAGGAAGCUGCGUUGGAUCGACCUAUCGCAGGACACGCAAAUCUUUGCCCAGGUAGUAUCAGCACGAAGCCUCAGGAACUGGAAACAUUGUUGAGCACCGUCAAACACGAAAUUCUUCAUGCUUUGGGCUUCUCCGUCAGUCUUUACGCCUUUUAUAGGGAUGAAAACGGUGAGCCAAGAACACCGAGAAGAAGCGACACUGGAAAGCCUCCGUUGAAUGAAAAAUUGCAAACGCAUCAGUGGAGCGAGAGCACGAUCAAGACUGUAACGAGGCCAUAUUGGCAAGUGCACGGUGGUUACGUCGAGAGGUCGAUGCAAAUGAUCGUAACGCCACGAGUUCGUGCCGAAGUUCAAGCACACUUCAAUUGCCCGAACUUGGAGGGUGCAGAACUCGAAGACCAGGGUGAAGAUGGGACGGCCUUGACGCAUUGGGAAAAGCGGGUUUUCGAGAACGAAGCUAUGACUGGUACGCACACUCAAAAUCCAGUUUAUUCGAGGAUUACGCUUGCUUUGAUGGAGGAUACCGGUUGGUACAGUGCAAAUUAUUCGAUGGCGCAAGAACUCGGCUGGGGAAAGCACUUGGGCUGCGAUUUUGCUAUGAAAUCCUGCAAGGAAUGGAUAUCCUCGAAAUCGUCGCGUUUAUCCAGAAUGCAAAAGGGAAAAUCGAUUCAUCCUUUCUGCAAUAAAGUGAAGCAAGAUCCAUUGCAAACCGAGUGUACAGAUGAUCGAAGUUCCGUAGCUUUGUGCAAUUUAGUAAAACAUUCUCAACUCUUACCAAAAAAAUAUCAAAAUUUCGAUUCGAUUCCACACGUACCAUCUGGAGAAGAACAAUACUAUGGUGGCUCGGUGUCUCUGGCAGACUAUUGUCCUUAUAUCCAAGAGUUUACGUGGCGAGCUCGAAACAUUGUCGUCAGAGGAUCUCAUUGUCUUUACGAGGAUAAUAAUCCACAUCCGGAAAAAAAUUUCGCUCUCGAGAAAUACGGAUCGCACUCGAGAUGCUUCGAUCAUACCAAUCAAAUGUGGGAGGAGAGAACGUGCAAAUUGGCACGUCAAUGGCAACAUUGGGGCUCUGGUUGCUAUCAAUACAAAUGCGAGGCGGGUCGUCUGCAUAUUAUGGUGGCAAACUAUACUUACACCUGCUAUCACGCUGGUCAAGAAAUAGCAAUCAGGAUAAUUCAAAAUGGUUGGCUGCAUAAAGGAGCUUUGAUAUGUCCACCCUGUAAAGAUAUCUGUCAAGCAGAACUAAAAGCUCGAGGCGAAUGGUGCAAGCCUGGCGAUGAACAUCCACCUGCAACUUAUUAUCACAGAGACAAUCUUUACUGCUCAUCAGCAGAAACCUUCGGCCUAAACAUAGCAAUUAUCUUUUUAAUCGCGUAUCUCUCUUGCGUCAUUAGAUGAUACGACGUUGUUGAAUCUAGUACGAUUUUUUUACGAUCAUCUGACUCGAUAAUACGGCAAUACAUGAACGAUCGUUUAUCAUCGUAGUUGCGUUAUGCCUUUAGGAAUCACGAUGUUCUAUACAGAAGAUAUACAUACAUAUACAUACAUAACGCACAUAAACACACACACACAAACAAACAUCGACGUCGAUAUUCGUAGCGUUCUCUAAGCUUCGAAAAACUUCGACUCGAUAAAAAAAUACAUUCUUCUAAGCUAAUUCUUUAGCUCUCGAGCAUACGGGUAAAUUCUAUUUCAAUCCAAUCGUUUCGGUAAUACUCUGAUACGUUUCGAUAUAUAAAACAUAAAAAGAUUUUCGUUUAGAAAUAUGCGAAACAUUAUUGUUGCUAAUUUUUUUUUCUCUUUUUUUCUGCUUUUUCUCGAAUGAAAUUCUUAUAUUGUUACUUUUGUGACAUAUAAUGUAUAUUAUUAAGGAAUCGGAUACAUUCUUAACCAUUUUACAACGCUAAAGAACAAUUCAGCGUCGUAAAAUGAAUCUAAUAUACUUUGUAAACUUAUUAACAUUCCCGUAAAAUCUUUAAGAACGAAAUGAGAUGCAUUUAUGUAUCUCUAUCUUCGUUGUACAAUGAUUUUUUCCUUUUUACGCUUAACACUCAAACUUGUAAGUGAGAAACAAUGAGUCAUAUCGAAGUGUUUUUUAAAAAACAUGUAGAAGGGAGAAGGAUGAAACGGCAAAGACACGUGUGUCCAAACGUUCGUGCGUAUUUAUAUGCGUUCAACGAAUUUUAAGGAGUCACACAGGGUCGCUGGUUGGACAAUAUUAUAUAAAGUCGACAUCCUAAACUUCUACGCUCAUUAAUGGAUAAGCUGUAAAUAAUUUUACAAAAAAAAUAUAUAUAUAAAUAAAUAUACAUAUAAUGAAGAUAAAUUUUUAUGCAUAUAGAAGAAGAGAGAAAGCUUACGUAUGAAAAACCAAAAAAAAAAAAGAAAAAAGAAGAGAAGUCAAGAAAAGAAAAGAAAAAGGAAAUGAUUAAAAUGAUCGUAAUUAAUUAUCAUAAACGUAUUAAACAUAGACGUUUCACUUUCGUUUUUAUUCUAAACAUGUAGAGACUAUAAUAAUAAUAAUCGUCUUAGACGAUCGUACGUAUUCUAAUCGCUUCGAGAGGAUUACACUUUUGCGUUUCGCCCUUAACCAGAUCGAUAACUAGCAUCGAAGCAUCUUCUCUCGAUACAUUCCAAGGAAAAAAAAAAAAGAAAAAAGGAAAAGGAAAGGAAAAGAAAAGAAAGAAAAAAGAAAAGAUAACGUAUAAUUUAAUUAAUUAAACUCCGAUUAAAGAAGCGAUCGGAAGUAGUAAUGGAUUUUAUACUAUACCGAGAGGCAGACGAUAUGCAUAGUUCAUCAGUCUGUCUUGUAUAGAUACAAAGACACUUAAUCUAUACUUUUGUACAGAUACUAUUAAUGUUUAAUAAGUAGUUUACUCUCUGUAUUAAAAACUCGAAAGCGAGUGUGAGCGUUUUGAUGCGAGUAUGUAUGUACGUAUGUGUGUAAGUACGCGCGUGUCUGUGUGUGUGUGUGUGUGAACGCGCACUUUAAAACAAAACACGUUUCAAAUCUUUUGAAUGUGCCGCGGAGUCUAUCUUAAUUUCAGCCAUUGUGCUGUAAAAUUUCUAUUCGAUAAAAAAAAAAAAAAAUGAAAAUAAAAUCUAUACGUUUGACAUAUAAUAAUCGGUCCGAUUGCGAAAAUCCUCGCGUAUUCUGAAAUAUGAGGUUUCUAAAUCAUCUUCUUCUAAUCGCUUUUACAAUGAACGCCUACUUUCAAUUCUGUAUACUUUAUUAUGCGAUAUAAAUCAUUUUCUAGUUAUUUAAAAUUAUUUUAAAUUACUUUCAAAUUAUUUGAAAUUAUUUUAAAAAUCAACUGGUAAUUGUGUCAACGAUAAAAAUUUUCUAUAGUCGGCUAAAAGUUCAAGAAAAGGAGAAGAGAGUUCAUCUUGAAGUUUCUAUGACUUUAAUUAAAUUAUCAUUCCUAGCAUGCAGGGUAACCGCUUUCACCGUCGAUUACUUCGGAUUUAAUUUCGAUUAGCGACACGUCGUAUUUAUAUAUUCAUAUAUAUAUUACGUAUAUAAACAUAUAUGUGUGUUAUAUGAACAUACACGUAUGUCCUAUCGAUAACUUCCGUCUUUGAGUACAUGUGCCAUCCCUGUAAGAAAGUAAAUUAUAAAAAUCCUCUAACGAUAAGCAACGGGGACCGAACUUAUUUCUUUUCGUUAUUAUAUACGAGACGCAUGUAAAAUAAUCUGUUGAUAAAUUAAAAAAAAAAAUCGUCUAUAAUUAAACGGCUAGACGUGAGGGAAUUUAGUUGAUAAACCAGCAAUCCGUAGGCCGUUUCCGUAGGUUACUUUUUAAGACGAUCUUUUUGCAGACAAAAAGAAAACUACAUAAGAGGAUUAAAUUAUCGAAUAAAAAUUGAGAUGGUUGUGAGUGUUACAUUUUUCUCAGUAGCUCUUAUCUUCUGGCACGACGAUCGUCCGGAUAUCUUUUUAUCUUUCGAAGAAACUUCGCAAGUAAAAUGCAAAAGCUAAAAAAAGAAAAAAAAAAAGGAAAAAAAAGUUACAAAUACGAUGUUAUGUAUAUAAAUACGAAAAAACAAUCGACUUCUUCACUGUGGGAGGAUUUUAUUCCAGAGAUUUAUAUUUUUGCGUGUAAACGAGUGUAUCGUCAUUGAAAAGAUGUUAAAUUUUCUCUAAAAAAGAAAAAAGAAAGAAAAAAACGAACGUAUUUCAUAUCACGCGAUUCACCACAGCGGAGAAUUUAUCUGUCCGAGAUCACGACCGACAACGAGUCCAGACGAAAAAUCGAUUUCUUAGAAAAUAAGCGAUGUCACUAAAAAUGUACUCGUUAAAUACUCGGGCUAUCGUUGUAAUUAACGUGUAUUUUUCUUGUAAACUGCCACCGAAGAGAAAAAUGUAUAGACGAAUUGUAAAUCGCAAUCUCUCUAAUUCCUCUGAUAAUUCUGUUUUUAUGAAUGAUAAAGAUGUAUACAAGAUAAUAAACGUUUAAAUCUUUAGAA